UUGGGGAGCUGCAAUAAUGAUGACCCCAGCACCUGGCUCCCACGUCACCUGUCCCCAGCCCACUGAGCUGCUGUGGAGUCACGUGUGGUCCUUGCCCAGUGGGGCCCAGCUGUACUCUAGGGAGGGACCAGCCCUUCUUCUCUGCCCCCUACUGAUGCGCAAGAACCCACUGGAGCCACUGUGAUCACCAUGUCCCAGACCCUGGCCACCAGUUCACAUACUGCCACAACACUGGCUCACGGCCCCUGGGCCAGUCCCAUGCUGGAUCCUAUGAGCUUCAGGCUUUUGUUCCCAUUUGCAGCAGGGUAAAGUGAGGAAGGACAAAUCCAGGGAGCAUACCUAGGCCACCCAGCAGCUGGGACCAGUAAUUUCUUCCCCAGCAAGACUGUGUCCAGCUUCAACAUCCCAUGAGCUCCCAGCACUGGUACCAGCUUCCCUAGGCAGCAGGCAUCUAGCCACGUGGCAUGUCUGCUAAGAAGGACACUCUUGUGACAACAAAAGCCCUCACUGUCCCAAGUCUGUAAAAAGGAAGCCGGCAGGAGCAGAACCCUCCUAGAGCACAGUCGUACUGUGCAGCCUGCUUGGCCUGAACCCCCACUUGCCUGUGAGUUCCUCAUUGCUCUGUUUGGUGAUCACGGCCCACCAGAAACAGGCUCAGAGAGAUCCAGUGCCUUGCCUCGGGUCCCAUAGAGUUGAGAGUCAAAUGAGGCUUGCCUGGUGGUAGAGCCAGACUCUUUAACAUGAGGACGUGGCUCUCUGUUGGCCCUGUAAACACUGAACCAAUCAUGCAGUUGUUGAAAAAAAUCCUACCAGCCCCGAGGAAUUGCUGGUCCCAGCUGCUGUCACUGCUCUACACGGUAGGGGUAGAUCAAGGAACAGGACAAGCAAAGCAUCUGCCCUCGUGGCAUUCACCUUCUAGAAAGUGAAACACGACAGAAAUUAAAAUAACUGUCUAACUGUAGGUAAACUGAGGGCAUUCCCUGUGCUGGUUACAGGACUUUCUUAGGUGAUGUUGGAGCUGAGGCUUGAUAGAGGGCACAGGCCGUGUGGACACUCGGGCAAGUAUCCAGGCAGACAAAGGCCAGUGCAAAGGCCCCAUGGCAAGCUCAGACGUACAUGAAGGGAAUAGCAGUGAAGCCAGGAGGCUGGAAUGGAGUGAGCUCAGGGCGAGGGUAGGAGAGGAGGUGGGAGGAAGAAUGGGUCCCACUGGGCAGGGCCUUGUUGCUUCAUGACAUUUAAGUCCAAGACACAUUCACAAUACAGUUUUUUUCCCCUAAAUAAAAUGCCUGAUCUUGGUGUUUGGGAAGAUGCCCAGUAUUGUUUAUUUCUCAAGGCUCCCUCUCCCUGCCCCGGCCCACUGGCCACCCCUGCAGACUGGAGACCCACUUGACCUGCCCCUGCCUGCCUCGGCCACAGGUGCCUAAGAUCUCUGAGGUGUUUGGUUUCCAGGACCCUGGACACCCAGGGGACCACCUUGAGCCUCGGUCCCUCAUUGAUUUUACCCCUCCUCCCACCCUGUAUCAUAGUUAACUCUUCAACUCCAGGUAGCAAACACCUGGCUUAAGGGGCCCCAAGCUAAAGGGACAUUUGUUACUCUUGAUUCUGUUCCUGCUGUAUUUCACCCUCUGUGAGUCUGAGUUUCACUCUCCAGCUUAGGCCCUCAUCGUGGCAACAUGGCUGCCAUAGCUCCCAGCAGUACACCUUCACCCAACCAGGAGCAAAGACACAAAGCAGGGCAGCCACCAGGAUAGUGGGGAAAAAGUGCAAAGCCUUCUUAGAUGCCUCCGCUUUCAGAGCAGUUGCAGGCAACAGGAUUGGAGAUGACUUUAAUUUGCUUGGACCAGCCACCUCCCCUGUCCUGGGCCUGUUACUGUUGCAACAAAAUUGGGUUCUCUCAGCACAAAAGGAAGGUGGGCUGGUAGGAUCCAGUGUGUCUGCCAGUCUCCACCUCGUAAUGCCAAGCUCUUCAGCCCUGGAAGGACCAGACUUUCCUCAGACAAACCGACUGGUUAAGAAACCACAGCUGAUGAAUGUGUGUGCAUGUGACAGUGCGCCAGCAGCAAGAGGACAGCAUGCUCACGUGGGAUAUUUGAAAGAGAGCUUAGCAGAGGGAUCAUUUGCAGAGAAGUGGACAGGGAACAGGGAAACCUCAGGGCCAGUGCAUGACCCUAGACUGGUAACAGAGGAGAGGUGUUACUCCCCACACAAGGCACAAGGGAGCAAAGUGGAACCCAGAAGAGCAAAUCCUGGAGACAGCUGCCCUGAGGGGAGUUGUGUUCCUGGCAACCCCACAGGGAGGGAGUUGGGGGAACCCCUCCCCCAUCUUCUGCCGGGCUCCCCAUUGUCUAAACCCCACUGGAAGCCAGAGGGCCCAGGAGCCCAAAUGAUACUGACCACCCAGGUCAGCUUCCCAGGACAUAGAGCAGGACAGAAAAGGGACCUGGGGGCAAGUAAAGAUAGCCGGCCCCAGGGUUUUUCCCUAAUGUGUUUUCAGCAACAACUCAGGAACCAGUUGUCCCAAGAGAUGUGGUGUUGGGCAUGGAGAACUGGGCACCUGAGACAAACAAAAUGGCUCCCAUAACCUGCUCACUGGCUUGUUCUUCAGUGCAUCUGGCCCCAGUGCAUCUGGCCCUGCGUCGGUCAGGUCCUAGAUACUGGGCUGCCGACCCAGGCCAGGCACACCAGUCACAGCUGCGUUAAGUCCAACAAUUGGGAGAUGGAGACACUUAAAAUCCCACUUUACAGGGACAUCCCUGGCAGUCCAGAGGUUGAGACACCACCCUUCCACUGCAGGGCGCACAGGUUCGAUCCCUGGUCAGGGAACUAAGAUCUCGCAAGCCGUGCAGUGAAGCCAAAAAAAAAAAAAAAAAAAUCCCAUUUUACAUGGGCUGAUUGAAACUCAGAUGUUUGCCUAGCCACCCCACCCUUCAAGACUUUUGAACAACCCGCAUUUAUAUGUCUGCUGCAUGCCAGAUCCUCUCCCUGGGUGAUCUACAUGGAUUUUCAACACAAACUAGGAAGACUCAGUCCCAUUUCCAGAUGAAGAAACAGGCUCAGCAAGACAAGAGGUGACUUGCCCCAGGUCCUGCAGAGAGAAAGUGGCAAAGCUCUGGGCCAGCAGGCUUCCAGCGCUUCCUCUGUUGCUUCCGCAAAUGAAUUUAGCUGGACUGACUCUCAGGGGAUGUGAAGAAAUGAGUAAGUAUUGCUUCUUGCACCAUCAAGCCUUUUAUAGACUGUUCCUCUGCCUGGAAAACUCCCUGUUUACCAGAAACCUCUUCUUCCUUCAAGGCUCACACCUAGGAAGUCACCCCUGAACCCUUAGACUGGAUCAGGAGACUCUUCUGGGUCCCCUGAGCCCCCUGGUUUUUCCCCAUUGAAGCUUGGGUCACUCUGCCUGUGCUUCCCCCAUCACAGCCUUGGUCAUUCUGGACUGUCACUGGUGUGUCUCCCCCAUGGACCUUUAUGUCAUUUUCAGUGCUGAGCUAGGCUAGGCCUAUAGUUGGAGAUCAGAAAAUCGUUGGGUGAAUAAGUGAAAGUAACUGCAUGGGGAAUAUUCAAAAUCCUUAACCCCUGGCUAAGAAGCCAAUGACCAAUCUAGAACGGAGCCUGGCCAGAGUGCUGGGGUAAGGGUCCUGGGAGCCCCUGGCUGUGUCAGGUGACCCCUUAUAGUUCCUGGACCGUAGGAGAGUGAGGGAGUUACUAGGAGCUGCACUAGUAACAAGCCAGUAUUGUGAUACCCCAUACACUUGAACAGUGCUUCCGGCUGAACGUCAGCUCUGGGCAUCUGCGGAUCAGAGAGGUAGAGUUUCCUGCCUGAAGAUGCACAGGCUGGAUCCUCACUUUGACCUUACGAAUUGGACCCUGCUGUCUCUCCACCCUCUGGAGCAAGCAAUCACAGUCACCCCCUCCCCUGCUUCCUCAGACGGCUGCUGUGAUUUGAAUAACCAAGCAGGCUGCUGGAUGUCCGGUAGUGACUGAUUUGCUUGGCAAACAGACCCUCAGGUCUGCUGGUAAUAUGGAAAAACACUCGGCCCCACUGGGGUCUCUGUUUCCUCUCUCCACCCCCAAGGGCUGCUUAGGUUCCAGUCUUGCCCUUGCUUGACCUCCCGGGGGGCCCUAGUGCUUGUCUUCCCCUGGAGGCUGGAGAGUACCCUCAGGAACCUGGCAGAGGAGAAGGCGGAGGAAUGGCAGGGCCCAAGGCAGAGGUAACUGGAGCCAGCUAAGUCUGCCCCCUGGGCCUGUCACAAAAUUUGCAUGGAGAGAAUGAGACCUCUCUGUGACUUCCCCCUCCCUUCCCACCUGGAAUAGUUCUCCUGGGCCUGAGGUCUGACAGCAGGUGGAGGAAGCAGCCCUGUGUGGGGGGGGAGCUGUUCCCGGUGGUGAUGCCCCGUGCCUUCCUGGUCAGGAGUCGGCGUCCACAGCCACCCAACUGGGGCCACCUGCCUGACCAGCUCCGGGGACAUGCCUAUGUCCCAGGUGGGCCCCUCACUGGGCCUAGAGGUGAGGGGCAGGAGACACAAAGCAUCACCAUCUGGCUUCUCUCCUCAGACUGCAGCAGCCUGGGGGUGCCACUGACACAGUCUUCUGGCCUCCGGGACUCUUGGGCAGCGCCCUCCCAGGGCACACUGACUGCCACUCCUAGGGGCCCUGGGAUGCUUGGCUGGCCCCUCUGCCCCAGCUUCCCGUUGCAGCGCAUGCUGACCCGGCACCUCAAGUGCCACAGCCCUGCCCACCACCACGUGUGCCACUGCUGUGGCAAGGGCUUUCACGACGCCUCUGACCUCAAGCGGCACAUGAGGACUCACACGGGGAUCUGGCCAUUCCGCUGCGGAGCUUGCGGGAAAGCAUUCACGCAGCGCUGCUCACUUGAAGUGCAUCUUGCCAAGGCACAUGGACAGCUGGCCAGCUACGCUUAUCGUGAGCGCCGUGAGAAGUUACAUGUGUGUGAGGACUGCGGCUUCACCAGCUCGAGGCCUGACGCCUACGCGCAGCACCGCACCCUGCACCACGCUGCUUGAGACUGGGAACCCUGUGUCCAACCCGUGAGAGGGAAAUAAA